GGGCUCACUACCGGAAGGGGAGGUUGGGGGGGGGGGGCAGGCGGUGGGGAAGAUGGCGUACCAGAGCCUGCGGCUCGAGUAUCUACAGAUCCCACCGGUCAGCCGCGCCUACACCACCGCCUGCGUCCUCACUACCGCCGCUGUGCAGUUGGAACUGAUCACACCUUUUCAGUUGUACUUCAAUCCUGAAUUAAUCUUUAAACACUUUCAAAUAUGGAGGCUAAUCACCAAUUUCUUAUUUUUUGGGCCAGUUGGAUUCAAUUUUUUAUUUAACAUGAUAUUUCUAUAUCGUUACUGUCGAAUGCUAGAAGAAGGCUCUUUCCGAGGUCGGACAGCAGACUUUGUAUUUAUGUUCCUUUUUGGUGGAUUCUUAAUGACUCUUUUCGGUUUGUUCGUGAGCUUAGUUUUCUUGGGCCAAGCCUUUACAAUAAUGCUUGUCUACGUGUGGAGCCGAAGGAACCCCUAUGUCCGCAUGAACUUCUUCGGCCUUCUCAAUUUUCAAGCCCCCUUUCUACCCUGGGUGCUCAUGGGCUUUUCCUUGUUGUUGGGGAAUUCAAUCAUUGUGGACCUCUUGGGUAUUGCAGUUGGACACAUAUAUUUUUUCUUGGAAGAUGUAUUUCCCAAUCAGCCUGGUGGAAUAAGAAUUCUGAAAACACCAUCUAUUUUGAAGGCUAUUUUUGAUACACCAGAUGAGGAUCCAAAUUACAAUCCACUACCAGAAGAGCGGCCAGGAGGUUUUGCCUGGGGUGAGGGCCAGCGCCUUGGCGGCUAAGCAGCAGUGCCAAUAAUGAGACCCAGCUGAGAAGGACUCAGUGACAUACGCAUUGGGAUUCUUUUAUCCUUUGUAUUGCAAAAGUGUGGACACUUUUGACAGUUUGACAGAUUUUAACUCCAGAAGCACUUUAUGAAAUGGUACACUGAUUAAUCCAGAAGACAUUUCCAGCAGUUUACCAGUGGUUCCUCAUUACACUGGUACUGAAAGUGUAAUCUCUUGGAGCCAAAAAACGGGAGAAACAAAUACCCUGCCACCUCUAAUGAACAAGUACAUGAGUCCUUGAGUUCUAUGGUGUAAGGCAGAGCUUUUUCCUCUUCUUCUUUGAUAGACAAGGCCAUGGUGUAAAUGGAAGUUUCAGAGAGGACAAAAUAAAACUGAAUUCCAUCUCUCUCUCACUGAAUUAAA